GUUUGUGUUCAGAAAAAUUCGAAACAUUCAAAAUUUGGGCAAUGUUUACCUCAGAGGGCCCUCUAUUGUUAUGCGCAGAACCGAUGCGCAGAACCGAUGCGCAGAACGGACUUGACUUCCCCUUUAAUAAUUAUCCCGCCCGCAAUUAUCUCAUUUCCUGCCCGCGUAUAUAGGACUGUCUGUAUUUUAUUGCAUUUAUUUGACCGAAACCGAAACAAUAUAAAUAUGGCGGAGAAUUGUACACAAGACAGUUAUGAAUUCUUUGCUUCAGACACAUGUACAACUGCUUUUGAGAAAAUGGAAGAAUGUUUUUCUUCUGGAGAACUUUGUGAUGUAACUCUUAUUGUGGGCGAGAGAAAGAUCCAUGCUCAUCGCAUAGUACUGGCGUCUGUUAGCCCGUACUUUAAGGCAAUGUUUACAAAUAAAAUGUCAGAAUCAGACCAAGAUGUUAUCACCAUUAAAGACGUUGAAGAAGACAUUUUUCUCUUAUUAAUUCGAUUUAUAUAUUCCCAUCGAGUAUUGAUUCAUGUUGAUAAUGUACAAAGCUUACUUCAGUGUGCCAAUAUCCUACAACUCGACUCCAUAGUCAAUGCUUGUUGCGACUUUAUCUACAGUCAUCUCAGCAUUUCAAACUGUCUCAGUGUUAGAGAUUUUGUGGAGGCCCACGGUUGCGUAAAAUUGGUUCGGAAAGUGGAUGCAUUUAUCAAGUUACAUUAUUUAGAAGUGACAAAAUCUCAAGAAUUUCUUGAUAUAAGUGUUGACCAUUUGAAGCAACUAUUAUCAGGAUCGAAUUUAAAUGUUCCUAAAGAGGAAGAUGUCUUUGAAAGUGUCAUCAAAUGGAUACGUCAUUCUAGCGCGAAACGCCAGCACCAUAUUGGUCUACUAAUGCCUUAUGUCCGUCUGCCAAUGUUGCCAGUUUCAUAUCUGAUAUCAAUGGUGGAAAAAGAAUCGUUUGUUUCCAAGAAUUUGGUGUGCAGAGAUCUCAUUGAUGAAGCAAAGAAUUUCCACCUUUGUCCUGAGAAGGUUCCAUUAUCAGCUCGAAUAUUUCCAAGAAAGUCUUAUUCUGGUAUGUUAUUUUCCAUUGGUGGUCGAGGUAAGGGUGGUGAUCCAUUUAGCAAGAUUGAGAUUUAUAACUGGCUUGAAAACUGCUGGACACCUGGACCUCGACUACUGAUGCCGAGACGACAUGUUGCAGCUGCUGAGAUUGAUGGGGUAAUCUAUGCUGUUGGUGGUCAUAAUGGAAGUGAGCACUUGAAUACAGUUGAAAGUUUUGAUUCUACAAGUGGUUCAUGGCAGCUAUGCAAAUCCAUGGUAAUAUGUCGCCGUGGAAUGUCUGUUGGUAUCUUGAAUGGUAUGCUGUAUGCUAUUGGAGGUCUUGAUGAAGCAACAUGUUUUAACCGUGUUGAAAGGUUUGUUUAAUUUUAAUGUUCAAGACUUAUUUGUUCUUACUAGUUGCAGUUCAUUGUAUAAUGUAAUUAAUUUAUCUUGUUAUAAGGUAAAGAUAAUAUAUAACAACUUUUCUUUCAGUGCAGCCAAUGCACAUCCCACUUGAUUAUUGUACUCUGUCUAAUGCCAGACGAUUUUACUUGUCACUGGGAAAGCACUGCAACUUAAUGGGUUAAACUAGAUUUUUCUUGUGGUCAAUAGUUGUCCAAGAUUGGUUGGAUGAAAAAUUGGAUGUACUACAAAGCAUAGACUGUGAAUAAUAUUGUUGAUACUUUUUGCUAUUGUCUGUGUUGGCCUUGGAAAAAUCUAGCUUACUCCUCUUCAGUUAGCAGGUUGGAUUAUAUUUAGAGUUUUUAUCUUUGUGCUAGGUAUGAUCCCAAAGCAGAUGAAUGGACAGAGGUGGCACCCAUGAAAGUACAGAGAGGUGGUGUUGCAGCCGUUGGUUUUGAUGGCUUUCUGUAUGCUGUUGGUGGAAACAAUGGUGGAUGUUCACUAUCUUCAGUUGAGAAAUAUGAUCCAUACAGAAAUACCUGGGUGGAUGUUGCUUCAAUGAAUCAAGAAAGGGCAGGUAUCUAG